CUUCUCUCUAUAUAUAAUCACCCUAUCUCUUCUCAAAUUAAAACACACUCUGGCCAGCUUAUUUUUUUGAUUUGUUACAUAAAUUCUUUUCAAACAAGUAAGCUUUCCCCAGUUGAACCCAAUUUAAUCACAAAUGGCUCGUUCUUUCACCAACUCCAAGGUUUUCUCUGCUCUCAUCCUAGAUAGAUUCUCUCAGGCUCUCUCCAGACGCGGGUAUUCGGUAGCAACAAGGGGAGGAGUGGGUUCCAUGAGCAGAAGCAGCAAGAUGACAUCCAAGCCAGGGGAAGAGAAAGGAACAUCGACAUACAAGGUUUCGUGGGUGCCAGAUCCUGUUACUGGUUACUACAAACCCGAGAACAUUGAGGAGAUUGACGUUGCUGAUUUGCGCUCUGCGCUUUUGCCCAAAAACUUUAACAACUAAAUUCAACUAAUUUAUGAAUUUUUGUAUCCAUUUAAUUAAUUAAAAGAAAUAUGGGUCUCUGACCUCUGUUGAGCUUUUGAGAUGUCUAUGGCUUAACGAAACAUUGGUGUUGAAAGCUUAUACGUUUGCUUUAGUUUACAAGUCUAUUAGCAGCUAAUCAGAAUUGUCAUGCCUUCUAAUCUUA